AUGAGGUUCUCCACGAGGACACCGAGGAACGUCGUGGAGUACAUGUGCAGUCGCCACAACAAGUACCACAAGGGGAGCAAGACCACCCUCGAGCAGAUGAUGAGUAUCGCGAUGACUACUGAGGCUACGUGGCAAGGAAAAAAAGAUGGAGUUGAUGCUUACAAUCCAGACUACGAGAAGCUAUACCGCAAGUGGGUCGCCGAUAACGCAGAGGAGCCCAUGAACAAUUGGGGACUGUUCACAAGCACCAAGGGCCUCUGCCACAAACUCGACAGAUUCGAAUGCCAACAAGCGUUUCGCAAAUGGUGCAACAGGUCUGUUCGGUAUCUUCACGACAAGCUCGAUCACAAAGGUGCUUUGCACAUCAUGAAUGCGAUCGGCGUCAGCAUUAUCAAGCACAUGCCACCGACAGCCAACAAGAAGGACACCAGCAUCGUGAUUCUGGAGGCUCUUGCUUUUGCAAUACCCGUUCGGCCUUCGGAUGAGCAGCGGAGGCUUCCGUGGAUAUUCCAGGCGAUGGAUCACGUCCAACUGGUUAGCGCGCUCGGCGUGGACAUGACAGAGAGCGUCGCGUACAAGCAGAGACAGGUCGAGAAGGAGCAAGCUGAGCAGGACGAGAAGCGCGGCAAGGAGGGUGGCAAGAAGGAGGCGGGUAAGGGCAAGGCAAGGAGGGCGUCCAGCAAGCCACCUCCUCCCAAGAAGGCGAAGACGACGACCAGUACCCUGGGGAAAGCGGGGAAAGGAAACAAGUUCACAUUCUUCAACGAGAUCAUCGAUUUGCUGCAGGCGGGCACUGAGAUCUUCAGAACUGAGAAUGGCGAGUCAGGUAAGCUGGACACCACGCUGUUGCAGGACCUCGACAUCAUUCACCACAAGACAACGAGCUACUCCUUGGAGUUCGCAUUCAACGGCGUCGUGACGGUCCACAAGGAGAUCAAGGCGUGGUCGCAGUGCAGGGCUGUACUGCUGGGAAUGUUCACGAACAAGGGGUCCAAGACGGAGUACACUCAGGCCGAAGAGGACGUCGAGGUGAACGAGGGUCAGCCUCUAGAAGACGAGGAGAAGGAUGAGCUCAAGGAUGGCGACGCCAAAAAGAAUCCAGACGAGGCGCUGCUCUCCCUGUUGGAAGCCGACAAGGAGAUCUGUGACAUGCUGACUGGGAUCGUGGGCGACUUCACGGGCGAUGUGCCUUUCUCAUACCACCGCGAGCUCCGCAAGGCUGGGGACCAAAUCGGUGACACUAAGGCGAAAUUGAUUUCUUCAACUACCAUUCCAACAUUCCUGAGAACAUGGUCCGAAAUUCUGUUCUCGAUCCUCCCCGAGAAGAUGAUGAAUAUCAUCAACCGGCUGUCUGUGCACGACCCGAAGGGUCAGUACAUCCCCGCCAUCAAGGACGAGGUUUCGCUGGAGUACGCUCUCUCCCUGCGCCCUCACUACAUGAUGCAGGCGCUGGUGGCCGCAUUGGAUGCGGGUGCGAUCCCUACUGGCCCUACCUUCAAAUCGCUGACCGACCUGGCCUCCGACAUGAAGAUCAAUAUGAAAGGGACGGCGCGCGAGUGCAAUCUUGACUCAGUGAUCAUUGCGUUCGACCUCAAUUUAGAUACGAAGGAGAAGUGGGUGCAGAAGUGGGGAGAUGUGCUGAUCACGGCGUCGUCGAUGGGCCAGCUGAGCCGCAUCGUCAACGAGAAGGUCGAGAAUAAGCAGGAGAGCCUCGCCGAGAUACAGGCCGAGACACCGCUGGAGCGACCAGGGCAGAAUCUCGAUCUCGAUAUCGACCUUGAGGGUACCAUCAUUGAUUAA